GGGAAUUCCAUUGCAUUUUUGUAGGUGUCGUGUCCGAGAAUGUACGUGUACUCCUAAAACUUUCUUGGGCAAGAUCUCUUCUCAUGACCGCCGACGGAUUUUAGCUUCAAAUUCCGCGAAGCAGACUUGCUAAGAGUAAUUAACAAGAUGAAGUUGUGUCAGAUGCUGGUGAUAAUAUUUGUUGGAACUGUCGUUGGUGUGGCCAUAGGUGACAUGGAUGAGAAGAACUCAAAGUACAAGAAGACUGCAAAUGUUGUUCCACACCACCUGGAGCCCAGGAGUGUGGCACACCGCAGCACGUUUUUACAUGGCCCAAUGGGAGAGAUAUGCAUCCUGGAAGAUGGAGGCUUAUUUGAUCUGACAUAUGAGCAUCAGGAGGGAGACAUAUGGUGUUGUUGCAAUUUGUGCAAGUCAGGAUAUUAUGUUCAGAACUUCUGCAAAUGCAAUGAAGGGUUAGGUGAAAUACCACCUUUUGAGAAGGACACAAAGUGUGUUCAUGUAAGCCGAGGACAGUACAUGCCAAAACACAACAAUUGCACCCAGCCGUAUACACGCUCCGAACGCUGCAAUGCCCACCAGAGAAUGGUGUCCAAUUUCACAGCAAGAUCUGAUCUAGUUUGUGAGUGUGAGGAGGGUUGGUUUAAUCCGGACCCUUCAGGUGUUGGCAACAUCCCCCUGACUUGUCGGCCUAAACCACUCUGCCCAGCUGGUCAGGAACCAGGAAUGGAUAAGCGUCGAGAUCUGAUUCAGUACACCUGCCAGCCUUGUCCUGAGGGCCACUUCAAAGCGGAAGACAAUAGCUGGAAAAGCUGUGAACGCCACAGGCAAUGCCUGACCCGACGUGGUACUGCCACCACAGAUAAUGAAUGUCUGAAUGAUAUCGCUGAUGUGAUGCAGCCCAUCCUUCAAGAACCCUCAUCAACUAUUCAGAAACAAACACCAACUACCAACCCUGACAUAAGCUAUGCAACAGACAGACCUACGGGGGUUCAAAGCUCUACAUCUUCUGAAAGCGUCCCACAGGAAGAUGAAUUAUCUAGUGCUCAAACUGAAGAUGUGAACACGAAAACUACAACAGCAGAACCUGGUAAGUAGAACAAUGGCCUGGGAACCACACACUGGCAUGUCAUCCAGGACCCAGUGUCGCCCUUGGUGUAUUUGUAGGUAUUCUUGUAAGUGUAGCUGUAUGUUUAUGCGCAUGUUAUUUCUAUAAAAAAUGCAGAAGUUCACAAAAACCAAGGCUCUAGUACUCACCUCAGCUGUUGAAGAAAUAGGUUUCAGUCUGUCAAAGUCGCUUUAAUUUUUUAUCUGUUAGCAUGCUCAAUUUUUGAGUUUCUGCGUAAGUCAAGCUAUAAUAAAUGCACACAUUUCAUGUGAGUACAAAUUUAAAGUGAAUCUCAAACCUUAAACAAAACACUUAGUAAUGGUGAAAUUUGCCAGAGUUAAAAUUUGUUCAGUUUUUAUGAAUUCCUGAAAUAAUUAUGUGCCAUAUUGCCAAAUUUCACACCUUGCUUCAUGUUCAGUCUGGUACAGAAGAGAAGAAAUUAAACUGACUCAAAUUAAUGCAUGACUUGAUUCACUGGCAAAGAAGAAAGGAGUCAACUUAUUCAUCCAUAAUUAUAAAUCCAUCCCUUAUCUGACAGUUGAUCACAGUAUGUCUGGUUAAGUGUCACGGUUUUGUAUAGUGCUUUUUUGUUCAUAAAGAACAUAACAUUUCAUGUUUUUACUACUCUGACAUCUUAAUUAAAUUAGUUGAUACACCUAAAGUUGAUUAACUCCUCUUCCCCCUCACCUACACCCCUCCCUCACACCCCUCCCUCACACCCC